UCCACCAUCUCUCUCUCUCUCUCUCUCUCUCUCUCUCUCUCUCUCUCUCUCUCACCAACAUAGAACAGAACAACAAUGCACGGCGUCGUAGUCCCAGAAGUGGUGCUGAGCUCCGGCGAGAGAAUGCCACUGAUCGGCAUGGGCUGCGCAGCGAGCCCUCCGCCGCCGCCAGAGGUGUUGACUUCCAUAUUACUGGAGGCCAUCGGAGUUGGGUACCGCCACUUUGACACUGCGGCGUUGUACGGCACUGAGGAGGCGCUCGGCCGAGCAGUGGCCGAGGCCCUCGACCGGGGGCUCAUCAAGAACCGCAACCAAAUCUUCAUCACCACCAAGCUCUGGUGCACCGAUGCCCAUCCCGAUCUUGUUCUUCCUGCCCUAAAGAACUCUCUCCAGAGGUUAGGGUUAGAGUACGUGGAUCUGUAUCUAAUCCACUGGCCGGUGAGACUGAAGGAAGGAACCGAAGGGUUCAAUUUCAAGGGCAAGGUCUUGCCAUUUGACAUCAAGGGCACAUGGGAAGCCAUGGAAGAGUGCUCCAAGCUGGGCUUAGCCAAAUCCAUUGGAGUCAGCAAUUUUAGCACCAAGAAGCUCUCUGAUCUCCUCUUGCACGCCAAUAUCCGUCCUGCUGUUAAUCAGGUGGAGAUGAAUGUGGCAUGGCAACAGGAGAAACUGAGCGGAUAUUGCAGGGAGAAGGGAAUACAGGUGAGCGCAUGGUCCCCGUUGGGAGCAAAUGGAGCCGCUUGGGGUACAUUAGCUGUUAUGGAGAGUCCUGUGCUCAAGGAGAUUGCCAUUGCCAAAGGCAAGACUGUGGCCCAGGCUGCACUGAGAUGGAUAUACGAGCAAGGAGCAUGCGUGAUAGUGAAGAGCUUCAACAAAGAGAGAAUGAAAGAGAACCUGCAAAUCUUAGAAUGGGAACUUAGCCAGGAGGAUUCGGAAAAAAUCAAAUUUCAGAUUCCACAGAGAAGAGGAUGUCCUGGUGACAUGUACAUUUCUGAAGAGGGGCCUUACAAAUCACUGGAUGAGCUCUGGGAUGGUGAUGCUUGAAUACCUAUGUUUUCAUAGUUUCUAUGAUCAUGUGUACCUCUAAGAAGAUCUCUAGUUGACUAUAAUAAAUAAUCUGAAUCGAACUUUGCAAUUUUGUCA